AUGUCUACCAUUGUGCUAUUUCAAAUAAAACGUCAGGUAUUCGAUUUUUCAAAAUCAUUGCCUCAUCUGUGUUUUUUGGUAAGGGAAUAAUUUGUGUGACUGUCGUGCAUGAAAUUCAGUCCGGAGGCUGUACUCAAUAGGCCGAGGAAAGUUCUCGGUUAACUUCAUUAAUUUUUAGGAUCGUGGCGCCCUGUUUGAAUAAGUGCUAGCAAUGCUAGGCUCUUAUCAAUAGACACUUACUUAACUUACUCAUCGAGAGGAAUGCAAUUAUUAGUGGGAAACCCCCAAGAAACUCAAAACUAAGAAUGUUGGGUCCAAAAUUUAAUUUUGAAAUGCUAAUGACAUACCUGUCAAAGUUAUCAAAGCUGCUUCAAGCUGACCGCGAAAAGACAGAAUCCUGUUCAAAUAUGAAUUGUGAAAACAAUGUGAUAUACAUAAGGUUUCUCAUGCGUUUUGAACCAGCGACACGUCAAUAGAUAAUGAAAGCAUUCAUUGUGAUAAUAACACGAACUGUUUUUAUUAACUCGGCAAAUGUUUCACACAAUGUACCUGCAUCUUUGCAAUACCUUCCAGUCUAAGAUCGACAGAUUACCACAUUUAAAUUCGACAAAAUACCUGGAUAUAUAUAUAUACGACAGCGAAAGGGACUUGAUUCUUUGGAUUCCAUAAUGAUUUCUAUUAAGCACCCUCGUUCUAUUACGCGCCUCCUCUCUCGAAUUUAUUUUUGUCGAUAAGCACUCAUAUUGAGUAAGUACCCUCAUUCCAAUAAUCGUGUCCUGCACAAACAAGCGCCCUGCUUCGAGUAAGCGGUAUCCGGUCGUUUCGUAACCAGUGGUUUCAUGCCCAAAUUUAGUUUAAUUUACUCCUCCUGGUUGCAAUUGUCCUGGUGCUGAAGAUAUGUUAGGUGUGUGCUCUACUCCUCCAAUCCGCAAAUCUCCCUGAUGAUUGGAUGGCUCUCUGUUACAAGCCGUAGGAUCAUCACCUUAUGUCGGCUGGUUUUCAAACACUGUACCGAUCUUCUUCCAGUCGUCGAUUCCAUUUUCGAAAUCGAACCUGCAAGAAACUUUUAAAAACAAAAGGAAAAAAAAAUUCCGUCACGUUUCAAACGAAGCCUUUACUCCAAAUUCCUUCAACGAACUAUCAAAAAAUUUCCAAAGACCGACAAGCACAAAAAAGGAGAACAGAAGAAAAAGAAAAAACAAACAAGUAGAAAUAAGACAGAACACAAAAAGCAAACAUACCCACAAACACCAAGAAAAAAUUAAAUGGAUAAACUGUCAUUAAUCACACCGUAUUUCUGUUCCUUUUUUGCGCUGAUACUUUCAGCAAAAGUAUUAAUAGUUGGUUUUUAAUCAUCUGACACUCAUCAAUAAAUCGACUUUCCCUUUUACAGUUAAAGAGACAAGAUAAACUGAAUAAUAUUAAUUAAUUUAUAGGUAAGUAACUAAAUAUGAAGAUGAUAACGUAAAAAAGGCAUGUUUUUCCUAACGGUUUCACAGUGGCACAUAAGCUUAAAAAGGAGACUUGAACCUAGACUUGGUAAAACAAUUUUUUUAAAUUUUUUCUUUCGUUUUACUAUGUUACUACAAGCUAAAGGGAAAAAACAGCAGCAGUUGUAAUCGCGUGAAAGUAAAUUAUUGAGUCAUAAAUAAAAAUAGGCCACAGGGAAUCUGUAAACUGAAGAAAUGAGCCCUGCAAUGCAAUGCCAUGUAACAUUGCACAAUCACUAUUUCAGCUUCAAGCAAUCUCUAUGAGUAUGCCCUUGUUCAAAUAAGAUCCUCUAGGUUCAUCAUGGUACUUUCAUGUCACCAAGCUUUUCAUGCAAUAUCAUACAAAGAAUCUGAAAUUCCAUCUAUUAUGUCGGCGCAUAAUUGCCUUCUUAAAAAAAGAAAAAAACAAGCAUUUGAAGUCAGAGGACAUAGUCUGCUCGCCGCCUGUGGCUAUUUUAUAAAGAAAAUAGAAUAUCUGUCUCCUUUUUAGGCUUAAAGCACUAUCUGUUGAAAUCCAUUGAUGCCUAUUUCUGAAAUAGGUAUCCAAGUAAAGUCUCGACAAAAAUGAAAGCAGCACAAAUCCACUCUAAAGUUGACUAACCGGGAAAAAAUGAUGACAUGAUGCCUUUUCGUGAGGUAAAUUUCUUGUUAUUCUGUUGAUUCGUGUAGUUUUUAAAUUGUUCUAGUAAUUGUUAUCUUUCCUUAACAGUUAAAAUCUAGUGACCACCAUGCAUAUCAUCCCGUAAGCUCGAUAGAGGUUGGCAUAUAAAGUGGAACACAAGUGAAAGUUUAAAUUUUGGGACAAUUUUCUCUUUAAAUCCAAUUGAAUGUAUCCCCAGAGUUCUGUAGCGACGACUGAAGAAAUCAGGUUUAUAUCUCUUACCUCAUCGUUGUGCAAUUUAGUCAUCUUUUAUUCAAGGGAUUUAACCCUGGCCGAGAUUUCAUCGUUCUCGUGGGCUACAGGAGGAAAAGAAAAAUGAACAAAUGAAAAAUAUUUCCAAACGCUUCUAAGCGUAUACGGUGCAUAGUGUGAUUUAUACCUAAAAAAAUAAAUAGUGGAAUCAUUAUUUUCUCUGAAUACUCAGCUAUUUUAAAAAAACCUUUAAGUGUUUUGAAGAAGCUCCGGCACUUUUAUUGGCUGCACAAUUUUCCCCAUAAUUUGAGAUAAAAAGAUGUCAUUAAAAUUAUGAAUAGCAGUAGAAAACGACAGCUUCAUAAUUUCUUGAUAGUUUGAACACUGCAGCAUAAAACAAUCGGACCACAAGCUGUGCCUCAUCAAAUUACCACAAUUUUCCGCCUUGUCUUCUCUGCAUUGCGUGACUUAUAGAAGACGUUAUAAUAAUGGCAGAUGUUGAUAAGGAUGCUGUGAUAUCGGGCUUUGAGUACGAGUUUGUUUCGACCGUUUUUGAAGAAUUUCACUGUUUGAUUUGUCAACUACCUUUGCGAGAACCAGUACUCACGAGGUGUGGGCACAGAUAUUGCAAGAAAUGUCUUAACGAGGCCAUGAAGAGGUAAGGAACUUUGUCAGACAUUUCAACGUUAGUGAAAUGUUGUUCUUUCGAUUGGACUCACUAAGUAAAUUUCAAAGUCCAUCUCUCAGAACUUGCUAAUUCAUUUAAAAGGAGUUUUAGAGUUUCUGGCAAGACUCAUAUUCAGAAUAAAUCGCUCUGGUACAUACACGGAUUCUGACGAUUGCGUUGUAUGUACAUGUCGAGACGGAAAAUCUAUCUAAUGUUGUUUCCGGUUUUAUUUCUUGGAUUAUUCCAUCGUUGUGGAUACCGCAAAUGAUCAGCAGUGGAGAAUUAACUUCUUCGGCUUAGAAUGCGGUUUUAAACGCUACUAAAGUGUGAUAUGUUUAAUCGAAAGCGACAGAAAUUUCUUCAAUCGUACAUGAUCGCUUUUUUCCUUCAAGGGCAGCUUUUCAUCGGUUUAAUCCGAUUACCAAGGCGGUGUCCUCACUAAUCUAACUCUUGUUUUUAUUCUCGCGAAUUUUUUUAUUACAGACAACAAGUUCCUGAAUGUCCUGUUGACAGGGAAAGAUUGGACCGAGAGAAGGUGAUCAAUGUGGCUCAUUGUAGAAUUUAUCGAGGAAGAAUAAGAAACAAAUUUGGCAGACACAUGCGGCCUAAAGAACAGCAUGACGUCUUGAAGGACUGUUGUGAUUAUUUUCGAGACAGUUUUAAUAAAUAAAACAACAGGGAUGAGACGCAUGGGUGAUUUACAUAGCACGCGAUUAAAUGGAAAUGAUGUCACGCAAUGCCCAUCACCACAAAUACAUAAGGACAAAAACCAAGGUUCCAUUUUAAAACUCCAGGAUAAAAAUACCUUAAAUUUAAUUGCCUACUGCAUUAUUCUAUAGCAUUAUCUAAGAGAAGAUGUAGUGGCACAGUUCUUGCAAACAUGUCGUAGUCGCUCAGGCAGAUGUUAGAAUUCACAACUCAAAUGUCUUAGUUCAGUGACAUCAUGGGUGGCCGGCUCGUCUCGGUUUGGUUAUGUAAAAUGUUAAUAUGGAGGUGGGCGAAGGAAAUGGCGCGGGUAAAGUUCAUAUAGAACAAGUUACCGGGGAAAAUGAUUAAUGAUCAUACUGAAAAUAUUGAUGCUGAUCCCCUCAGUGUUUUGUUUGAAACUUUCAUGCGUAAACAUUCAAUGUGUAUAAAUCAAACUGAGUGAUGCAAUGAUAACCGAGUACAUCGACUCAGCAUUGUCGACCGUACUUCAAUCGUUAAAAAGACGACGAAUAGUAAAAACAUUAAAUUUCUCAAAUGGCUAAUCAGUUAAAAGUUUAGUUUCUGUGCAUCUCUUUGUGGCUAGAAUUUUUUUCCAACGGGUGAUUCACAUUAAAUGGAGGUUAUUGUUAUCGUUUGUUAUUUUUAUUAUAAUUUCUAAAACUUAUUUCUCCCAAGCGUCAAGUACAUUGACAUUUCUUACAUCAUUGAAAUAAGGUUGUUAUAAGUCGCCAAUUUUAUGUUGUCCGAUAUAAUUUUGUGACAACGCAGGUCAAACAGGUUUGUCUCGGUUUUCCAGAAGUAAAUUGAUGAGUCAUUGUGUUUCUGCUUAUCUCGUACCUUUUAAAAAUAAUUUUACUUUUCCAUCUAGGACAUAUUUCCCGAUAAGGCGACAGAAAGAAGUAUUUUGUCUUGCCAUGUGAGAUGUCCAAGCAUAGGAUGCGAGUGGACUGGGGAGACCAGAGAUGCCGAGGUGAGAAAAGAGCUUAUUAGCUGCGAAGGACAAGUGGUGCCCGCGUAUCGCCUAGGAAUUGACGUGAAUAGUGAAGUGAAUUAAAUACAAGCCACCCUCCACCCCCUCUAAGAUUAUUUUCUCACAGUAGCUGUCCAUUUUCGUGUUCGUUGACCAAUUCGUAGAAAUUGGUCAUUAAGUCCAAGAGAUGUUUGGGAAAACUUAUCUCUGGUUCAAGUUAUCUGUACGAUGUAACAGCUUACAAAGUGUUGGAAUUUAGCAAAUACAAGAUAUACUAUUAAGCAAAAAUUCUAUGUUAGACCAAUUUUUGCAUGCAAACUUUUUCAUAUAAGAGGUGAAUAGAAAACAGUAUUAAGAGGUAAAAAAUUAUGGAGCAAAAAUGUCUUUAAAAGAAACAUCAUCUUGAAUGACGUCGUGAGCCGUCCUCUGCGGUUUCAACGUGCAAAAGCCAUAAUUUUCAUCUAAGCUUGUAUCUGAGACAUGAGAUCGACUCUAUUCUGCUGGCCAAGGUUCCUGUUCUAAAAGUGCUCUAAACGCGUCCAUUUUAUGGCAAGAAAGCUCUAAUAAGUCUUGGUCAUUCGUUGGAAGGGUUUGUAUUUUUCCUGAACCCAUUAAUUACUUAAAGAUACUGAGCUAUGAUCAACUUCGGCGAAGAAUAAUGUGGGAUCAUUCAUGGAUUUCCUUCUGCAGACUCAUUUACAGACCUGCGCUUGCAGGAUGACUCCCUGUCCGAAUCCUCACUGUGAUGUCACCAUGGAGAAGAGACUUGUGGAUGACCAUGUGACCAAUACCUGUCAAUGGAGAAUGGUGCAGUGUGGAUACUGUGGUGAAAACCACGCAAAAUGUGAUGAAGAGGUAAUUAUACAGUAUUCCAGUAGCGACAGAAGCGGUAACACUGUAGUUGAAACCCUGAAUAACAAGAAGAUAUAUAUUGUCCAUCUUUUUUGAUAGAAACACGCUGCAGAAUGUCGAAGACGUCCCGCCGAUUGUUCUAAUGGUUGUGGUGAGGUUCUUGCAAAGGAAGAGGUAAGAGACAUUUUAUAUUACUUUCUCCCCCAAACAAGUUUUUUCUAUGUAACUUAACUUGUGUUCAAACCAUCUGGAGGUAGCGGGUAAUCUGAACGAAAUAUCGGGUUCAUUGAUACAAAAAAAAAAACCAAAAAAAAACCCAAGAAAGGAAAAACGUCAGUGUGUAAGAAUCGAAUGAACACUUGAAUGACAAUUUCCAUCUCAGGAUCUCUUUUAAAAGCGAUAUUAUAUAAUACAGGAUUCCCAAAAAAUUCCUACCAAUUUUUCGUUAAUUCCCCCGUUUAGAUGAUGGCUCAUCAGGACGUUGUUUGCUCUCACACUGUUGUGAGCUGCCAGUAUGAUUAUUUGGGAUGUGACAGUAAGGUAGGUUGGCAAUACAUUUAAUUAUAACGGAUAAUAGUAAAUACGUUUUUCAGUUUUUUCAGAAAUACUUGAUAUUCUUUACUGACCAACUGACUUUCCUUUCUAAGAUUAUCAAAUCGCUAAAACAAUAGAAAUAAAUGAGAAAAAUUUAUUCGCAGUACAUCUCGAAAUAAAAUUCAACUUUCUUGGAGUAUUUUGGUAAAAUUUAGUGACAAUGUAGCAGACGGUUACACACCGAUGUCACCGGCUUUUGGGAGUGUUUUAAUUACAGUCACAACAAUACCAAAAAAUGUCUUCGAGAUUCCCAACUGAAGUUUUACAUAAGAGUGUACAAAGGCAACGAGUUUGAACUUCCUUCGUAAGACGUUGGCAGAAUUCAAAUAUUCGGAAGGGAUUGGUUACGUUAAUCGUCUAUCUGUAAUAUUGCUUCGGAAAGUUGUCAAACUGUCGCCAACUUAAUUAUCAAGGAAAUUGCAAUUGCAUCAUAGCAAGGGUAGCAAAGGUUAAUGUUGGUUAUCAUCAACAUCAUCGUUACCAUCAUCGCCAUUAUUCAUUCAUUCAUUCAUUUAUAUAUUCAUUCUAAAAUUUUUUCAAAUAAUUCUGUGUCCAUUAUUUUAGAUUAAAAGAUGCGACGUAGAAGAUCAUCUAGAGCAAAACCUCCGAUGUCAUUUUGAGCUGUCCGUUAAAAAACUUGCUGAUGUGCAAGACGAAACCAGAAUAUUGAGGCAGGAAAUGGAGAAAAUAAAGCUGGAUUACCGAAAAAUGGAGUCCAAGCUCACUGGAAUAGAUAGGGAAAUCACUGAAGUAAAACUAAAGCACAAAGAAAUGGAAACCUUCGCUCCCUUUAUAUGGAAAGUGACCGAGUUUUGGGAGCGAGUGAAUAAGGCGAGGAAAGACAAAGAGAUUCGGGUCGAAAGUGAUCCCUUCUAUGUCGGUCCUCAAGGGUACAAAGUGAAACUCGCAAUGUAUCCUAAUGGCACCAAAGAGGCCAAGAACGCUUAUAUCUCGCUAUAUAUUGCACUGAUGAAAGGGAAAUACGACCCCAUAUUACCUUGGCCUUUCCUAAAUAAAGUGACGCUUUCGGUUCUCGACCAAAACCCUAAUGUGAUGCAAAGGCACAAUUUUGUCAAGUCCUUUGUUCCCGAGGCUUCAUGGAAGAGCAUGAAACGCCCAGAGGGUGAGGAAAAUGAGAGACGAGGUUUUGGAAGGUUUCUUUCCCAUGAUAAACUGAGAUCAGGGUUUUAUCUUGUGGACGAUAUUCUAUUUAUUAAGUUCGAAAUAGGCCCAGCAGAUGCAUCGUAUUUUGGCUAAAAUAAAAUAUUUGGAGAAAAUGUAACUUGUAUGUGACAUCGUUGUUCAAUAAAAGUUAACUUUGCCA